CAGGUAAGGAUCAAACGGAAGCCUGGUCAGUAAACAAGCCAAGGUCGGUAAGGAGCAGUCGCAGGUUGGGAUCAGGCAGAAGCGUAUUCGAGAACAAGCCAAGGGUCAAUAUCGAGUGUAGCAAAAUAUGGAUAACAGCAGAGCAGGAGGUAAGCAAGCAGAGGUCCAGUAGCGUAUAAGCAGGUAAGGAUCAAAUGGAAGCGUGGUCAGUAAACAAGCCAAGGUCGGUAAGGAGCAGUCGCAGGUUUGGAUCAGGCAGAAGUGAAGUCGAGAACAAGCCAAGGGUAAUAACGAGUGGUAGCAAAAUAUGGAUAAUAACAGAGAAGACAAAAAGCAAGAUACUGGCUGCAGAGCACAAUAAUCUGGCAAACAGGAAGUGCAGAGACUUAUAUCAGGAAGUUCAUGGGAGGAGCAGGGGGUUCAAGGUUCAUGACAAACAAAGUCAA